AGACAGUUUGUUUUGAUUUUCUUCCGGGUUGGAAAUCUAGCCGCCAAAUUGAAGUAACCCAAUGGGCAUGUGUUAUUAAGAGUUAAAUAUAUCUAAUGUACUUAAUAACUUAAUGCACGCGUCAUUAGUGUUUUAUUUUGGCAUUCACUUACGCGUAUCCAACAUUGUUCAGUCUUUGCUGACAACUUUCAAAACGACCCUAGUUAGCUAAAGUUAGCUAGCUCACACGGGAGGGCGCAAUGGAAGAGGCGAGAAAAGGUAAGAGUUAGAUAACGUUAUAACUGUGUUUGCAUUAUCAAGAGUUUGUACAAAUGUGUAUAAUUUACCUUGCUGGUUGGUUAUAAUUCAUUAUCCAAACUUUUUAUAUCCCCAGAUGUUUUGGGGCACUUGAACAUGUUGGAAAUGGAGGCGAACAACUUGGCAUUGAAGCAGCAGAGUAGUCGCGAGGAAGAGUUGAAUGCAACACUGCAGGCACUCCUCAAUAAAAGAGACCAGUUAAAAGUUGAAAUAAAGGCAAAUACGGUAAGCUAGCUAGAUCGUUUCUGAGAUCACUUAUACUGAUAUCAUAUUACCUGGCAGUAGCUAUCAUUUAUUAUCUGAAUAAAUGGAAGCUUACUAAUAGGUGGAGGUGUUGUUAUAGAAUGUUUAAAAAUGUACAUAACUGUUUGAUACUAUUUAAAACCAAGGUUAACACAGGUUGCAGGUGAAUAUGAUAAGUCAAUGUCUGGUCGUAGGCUGCUGCUCAGAGCUUACAGUAGUUCAACAUGAUGCAUUGUUUUCUAGUCUCUCCAGAAGAUGAGAUCUCUACUGGACCAAACAGGUGUUCCACGUGAGAGGGACGAGGAUGUUGAUGACCUGGAAGAUGGCUCAGAGAACUCAGAACUUCUACUGUUGAUGGCCAGACACACACAACUGAAGGACCUGCUUCAUGCUCACCAUCUUAUAGGUAGGUACCUAUAACCCAAACAUGUUCAACAAUCUCUGUGUCGCUCUGUGUGUGUUUUAUAUCAACUCUUUAGAUAAUAUCACUAACCAUCCAUCCACUCCUUUGUUGCCUUUCUCAGGUGGGUAUGAUGUCCUCCAGACUCGUAAAGGUAAAGGAGUGUGUGUCUCGUUGGCCACUGCAUACGAAGGCGUCUACCUUGAGACAUAUAACCUGGAGAUGGACCUGGGGUCUAACCUGAGGAUCUGUCGGCAUAACAUCCCUCCGUUCAUCCCCCUGGAGAUGCUGGUGGCGCAGGGCAACAUGCAGACAGACAUCAGGGCUUUCCUGGACACCCUCAGCCAGUAUCUCAAUGCCUACGCUGGCCGCAAGCAGCAGCUACUCCUCACCAAGGUACAAGCGGAUCAGAGUACCAGGGCACCAGCCAUCCACUUUGAUAUCUGAAAUUGAAUAUUCAGCCAUUUUCAUAUAUUAUACAUGCAGAUCUAAAAAUACGCUGUUAUUGUCUGCUCAAAGUAAAGAGUGGUGUAAGAACAUAGUAUCAGAAACCUUUGUUGUCAUAGCUGUACACAGCAUGUUAGAUGGCUACAUUAUGCUUGCUCUGAAGGUUCCUACUAUAGACGAAAUGUCUAGACCAGUGUUGUGCCCUGUUCUCUGUCUGCUUCCAGGAGAUCCAUAGCUCUGUUCAGGUGGCGGAGAGUAAUGCUCUCUGUACCAUACUGGUGCUGAUGUUCACUAUAGCAGGAGAGAAGGCCGGGGCUGCACUGUGUACACUGCAGUAUGCUGACCACACACAAUGCCUGCCCACCCGGGUCAACAUAGAGUCUGAAGGUAGAACCCAUAAACACCAACUGGAUACAUAAUAUGAACCUUUGAGUGUACCGGAGCGUCGAUAAUAUUAACCUUUGAGUGUACCGGAGCGUCGAUAAUAUUAACCUUUGAGUGUACCGGAGCGUCGAUAAUAUUAACCUUUUGAGUGUAAAGGAGUGUACCGGAGCGUCGAUAAUAUUAAAGCUGCAAUAUGUAACUUUUUGGGCGACCCGUCCAAAAUCGCAUAGAAAUGUGAGUUAUAGAUCUGUCAUUCUCAUUGAAAGCAAGUCUAAGAAACGGUAGAUCUGUUCUAUGUGUGUUAUUUCGAUGCUUCACGUUCUUAAGUUUAGUUUUUGCCUCUUACUUCAGGUUUUGUACACUACCUUCAAACAGCUGAAAAUACAAUAUUUUUGGUUAUGGAAAAUGUUAUUAUUUACAGCAGUUUAGAUUGUACAAUGAUUCUCAACACUACACUUGCUUGUUUUGUCACGUAAACUGAAAUUAGGCGAACUAUUAGAAUUUUUGCAACCAGGAAAUGGCAGAGCGAUUUCCUGGUUGGUAGUGCAUCUUUAACCUUUGAGUACCGGAGUGUCGAUAAUAUUAACCUUUGACCGUACCGAGCAAUACUUAUCUUUUCUAAUCUAUGGCUCUUGUUAAAGGAUGAAAAAAUAUAUAUAUACACUACCGGUAAAAAGUUUAACACCUACUCAUUCAAGGGUUUUUCUUUAUUUUUACUAUUUUCUACAUUGUAGAAUAAUAGUGAAGACAUCAAAACUAUGAAAUAACACAUGGAAUCAUGUAGUAACCCCAAAAAAUAUUUGAGAUUCUUUCAAGUAGCCACCAUUUGCCUUGAUGACAGCUUUGCACACGCUUGGCAUUCUCUCAACCAGCUUCACCUGGAAUGCUUUUCUAACAGUCUUGAAGGAGUUCCCACAUAUGCUGAGCACUUGUUGGCUGCUUUUCCUUCACUCUGCGGUCCGACUCAUCCCAAACCAUCUCAAUUGGGUUGAGGUCGGGGGAUUGUGGAGGCCAGGUCAUCUGAUGCAGUAUUCCAUCACUCUCCUUCUUGGUAAAAUAGCCCUUACACAGCCUGGAGGUGUGUUGGGUCAUUGUCCUGUUGGAAAAAAAUAUAUAGUCCCACUAAGCCCAAACCAGAUGGGAUGGUAUAUCGCUGCAGAAUGCUGUGGUAGCCAUGCUGGUUAAGUGUACCUUGAAUUCUAAAUAAAUCACAGACAGUGUCACCAGCAAAGCACCCCCACACCAUAAUACCUCCUCCUCCGUGCUUCACGGUGGGAAAUACACAUGCGGAGAUCAUCCGUUCACCCACACCACGUCUCACAAAGACACAGCGGUUGGAACCAAAAGUCUCCAAUUUGGACUUAAGACCAAAGGACAAAUUUCCACCGGUCUAAUGUCCAUUGCUCGUGUUUCUUGGCCCAAGCAAACCUCUUCUUCCUAUUGGUGUCCUUUAGUAGUGGUUUCUUUGCAGCAAUUUGACCAUGAAGGCCUGAUUCACUCAGUCUCCUCUGAACAGUUGAUGUUGAGAUGUGUUUUGUUACUUGAACUCUGUGAAGCAUUUAUUUGGGCUGCAAUUUCUGAAGCUGGUAACUCUAAUGAACGUAUCCUCUGCAGCAGAGGUAACUCUGGGUCUUCCAUUCCUGUGGCGGUCCUCAAGAGAGCCAGUUUCAUCAUAGCGUUUGAUGUUUUUUGCGACUGCCCUUGAAGAAACUUUCAAAGUUCUUGAAACGUUCCGUAUUGACUGACCUUCAUGUCUUAAAGUAUUGAUGGACUGUCGUUUGUCUUUGCUUAUUUGAACUGUUCUUGCCGUAAUAUGGACUUGAAAUGCAUGAAGCUGGUUGAGAGAAUGCCAAGAGUGUGCAAAGCUGUCAUCAAGGCAAAGGGUGGCUAUUUGAAGAAUCUCACAUAUAAAAUAUAUUUUGAUUUGUUUAACACUUUUUUUGGUUACUACAUGAUUCCAUAUGUGUUAUUUCAUAGUUCUGAUGUCUUCACUAUUAUUCUACAAUGUAGAAAAUAGUAAAAAUAAAGAAAAACCCUUGAAUGAGGAGGUGUUCUAAAUCUUUUGACCGGUAGUGUGUACCGGUAGUGACAGUGCCUUCAGAAAGUAUUCAUACCCCUUGACUUAUUCCACAUUUUGUUCUGUUCCAGCCUGAAUUCAAAAUGAAAUAGAUUUUUUUUUAUCUCACCCAUGCACACACAAUACCCCACAAUGACAAAGUUGCCCAUUUAUUCUUUUCAAAAUUCUUCAAGCUCUAUCAAAUUGGUUGUUGAUCAUUGCUUGACAACCUUUUUCAGGUCUUGCCAUAGAUUUUCAAGGAGAUUUAAGUCAAAACUGUAACUCGGCCACUAUCUUCUUGGUAAGCAACUCCAGUGUAGAUUUGGCCUUGUGUUUUAGGUUAUUGUCCUGCUGAAAGGUAAAUUCAUUUCCCAGUGUCUGGUGGAAAGCAGACUGAACCAGGUUUUUCUCUAGGAUUUUGCCUGUGCUUUGCUCCAUUCUGUUUAUUUUUUAUCCUGAAAAUCUCACCAGUCCUUAACAAUUACAAGCAUACCCAUAACAUUUACAUUUACAUUUUAGUCAUUUAGCAGACGCUCUUAUCCAGAGCGACUUACAGGAGCAAGUAGGGUUAAGUGCCUUGCUCAAGGGCACAUCGACAGAUUUUUCACCUAGUUGGCUCUGGGAUUAGAACCAGCGACCUUUCGGUUACUGGCACAACGCUCUUAACCACUAAGCUACCUGCCUCCCCAUAACAUGAUGCAGCCACCACAUACUUGAAAAUAUGGAGAGUUCUACUCUGUAAUGAGUUGUAUUGGAAUUGCGCCAAACAUAACAUUUGUAUUCAGGACAAAAGGUUAAUUGCUUUGUCAAAUAUUUUGCAGUAUUACUUUAGUGCCUUGCUGCGAACAGGAUGCAUGUUUUGGAAUGUUUAUAUUCUGUACAGGCUUCCUUCUUUUCCCUCUGUCAAUUAGGUUAGAAUUGUCGAGUAAAUAUGUUGUUGAUCCAUCCUCAGUUCUCUCCUAUCACAGCCAUUAAACUCUGUAACAGUUUUAAAGUCACCAUUGGCCUCAUGGUGAAAUCUCUGAGCGGUUUCCUUCCACUCUGGCAACUGAGUUAGGAAGGACGCCUGUAUCUUUGUAGUGACUGGGUGUAUUGAUACACCAUCCAAAGUGUAAUUUAUAACUUCAGCAUUCUCAAAGGGAUAUUCAAUAUCUGCUUUUUUUAUUUAUUUUUUAUUUUACUCAUCUACCAAUAGGUGCCCAUCUUUUCAAGGCAUUGGAAAACCUCCCUGGUCUUUGUGGAUAAAUCUGUGUUUUGAAAUUCACUGCUCGACUGAGGGACCUUACAGAUAAUUGGGGGUACAGAGAUGAGAUAGAGCAGGCAACUUAUUAUGUGACUUUUUAAACACAUUUUCCUCCUGAACUUAUUUAAGCCAUAACAAAGGGGUUGAAUACUUAUUAACUCAAGACAUUUCAGCUUUUCAUUUUUAAAUAAUUUGUAACAAUUUCUAUAAACAUAAUUCCACUUUGACAUUAUGGGGUAUUGUGUGUAGGCUAGUAACAAAAAUUUAAUCCAUUUUAAAUGCAGGCUGUAACACCAAAAUUGAGAAAGUCAAGGGGUGUGAAUACUUUCUGAAGGUACUGUCUAUACAGUGCAUUUGGAAAGUAUUCAGACCCCUUGACUUUUUCCAAAUUCUGUUAUGUUACGGCCUUAUUCUGAAAUGGAUUAAAUUGUUUUUUUCCCUCGUCAAUCUACACACAAUACCCCAUAAUGACAAAGCAAAAACAGGUUUGUAUACAUUUUUGCAAAUUUAUAAAAAAAAAUUGAACUGAAAUAUCACAUUUACAUAAGUAUUCAGACCCUUUACUCAUUACUUUGUUGAAGCACCUUUGGCAGCGAUUACAGCCUCGUCUUCUUGGGUAUGACGCUACAAGCAUGGCACACCUGUAUUUGGGAAGUUUCUCCCAUUCUUCUCUGCAGAUCCUCUCAAGCUCUGUCAGGUUGGAUUGGGAGCGUCGCUGCACAGCUAUUUUCAGUUCUCUCCAGAGAUGUUCGAUCGGGUUCAAGUCCGGGCUCUGGCUGGGCCGCUCAAGGACAUUCAGAGACUUGUCCCAAAGCCACUCCUGCGUUGUCUUGGCUGUGUGCUUAGGGUCGUUGUCCUGUUGGAAGGUGACCCUUCGCCCCACUCUGAGGUACUGAGUGCUCUGGAGCAGGUUUUCAUCAAAGAUCUCUCUGUACUUUGCUCUGUUAAUCUUUCCCUCGAUCCUGACUAGCCUCCCAGUCCCUGCAGCUAAAAAACAUCCCCACAGCCUGAUGCUGCCACCACCAUGCUUCACCAUAGGGAUGGUGCAAUGUUUCUUCCAGACGUGACGCUUGGCAUUCAGGCCAAAGAGUUCAAUCUUGGUUUCAUCAGACCAGAGAAUCUUGUUUCUCAUGGUCUGAGAGUCUUUAGCUGCCUUUGGGCAAACUCCAAGCGGGCUGUCAUGUGCCUUUUACUGAAGAGUGGCUUCCGUCUGGCCACUCUACCAUAAAGGCCUGAUUGGUGGAGUGCUACAGAGAUGGUUGUCCUUCUGGAAGGUUGACCCAUCUCCACAGAUGAACUCUUGAACUCUGUCAGAGUGACCAUUGUGUUCUUGGCCCUUCUCCCCCGAUUGCUCAGUUUGGCCGGACGGCCAGCUCUAGGAAGAUUGUUGGUGGUUCCAAACUUAUUCCAUUUAAGAAUGGAGGCAGCUGUGUUCUUGAGGACCUUCAAUGCUGCAGAAAUUUUUUUGGUACCCUUCCCCAGAUCUGUGCCUCGACACAAUCCUGUCUCGGAGCUCUACGGACACUUCCUUUGACCUCAUGGCUUGGUGUUUGCUCUGACAUUGUCAACUGUGGGACCUUAUAUAGGCAGGUGUGUGCCUUUCCAAAUCAUGUCCAAUCAAUUGUAUUUACCACAGGUGGUCUCAAUCAAGUUGUAGGAACAUCUUAAGAAUGAUCAAUGGAAACCGGAUGCACCUGAGCUCAAUUUCGAGUCUCAUAGCAAAGGGUCUGAAUACUUAUGUAAUUAAGGUAUUUGUUUUUUAUGUUUUAUACAUUUGCAAAAAAUAAAUCUAAAAACCUGUUUUUGCUUUGUCAUUAUGGGGUAUUGUGUGUAGAUUGAUGAGGACACAUUUUUAUUUAAUCAAUUUUAGAAUAAGGCUGUAACGUAACAAAAUGUGGAAAAAGUCGAGGGGUCUGAAUGCUUUCCGGAUGCACUGUAUAUAUAUAUAUAUAUAUACACACACACACACACACAGUGAGGGAAACAAGUAUUUGAUCCCCUGCUGAUUUUGUACAUAUAUAUAUAUAUAAAUAUAUAUAUAAUGCAUGAGGAUGUUAUUUUUAUCCAUGCACAAGUCAGUUUCUUCGGUAACAUGUGUUUGUGUGUGUAUAGACGCUGCGCUGGCCGGUUCUCCACAAUGGAAGAAGAACCACGCCCUACUCCUGGAGACUCCAUUACACACAGCCUUGGUGACCAUGAAGAAGACUGGCAGUAUCGCUUAGUCUGAACACAGUAUGCUGUAAAUACACUCAAGACUGAACAGUUGUUUAUGUCAAUGUAUUACGUUUCUUUUUAUACUAAUUUCAUUGUCAGUCACUAUCUAUAUUUUUGAGUUAAUGUACUUGCCAUUCCCUUACGCUUAUUCAACAUUGUUUGCACAUGUAUAUAUUUUUGUUAAUAAAAAAGAAAAGUACCCAUUUUACUCUAGUUUGACAACCCUGUUUGCAAUAUAAUGACAAUAAUACAGUAUGUUGCUAAGCUG